AUGAGACCUGAUUUAUUUAAGGCUACUAUAGCUAGAGUACCAUUUGUAGAUGUUGUGACUACAAUGCUUGGUCCAACUAUUCCUCUUACAACUGCAGAAUGGGAGGAAUGGGGUGAUCCUCGGAAAGAAGAGUUCUACUUUUACAUGAAAUCAUAUUCACCAGUUGACAAUGUGUGUGCCAAUGAUGUGAUUGAUAAAGAUGGUGAGGGGUUCACUAUGGUCACAAAAAAAGCUGGAAAUGCAGGGACUGCUACUGUGAAGGGGUACGGUACAUGUGAUAUUCAUCCCAAUGUUUCUGGAAGCAAAGGUAGUAACUGGAAUGGAGGGAAUAACAAAAGAGGAAGCUAUAAUAGUGUUAAUAAGGAUAAUCAGGGGCAGUCUUCUCCUGAUUCUAUGGAAAAGAUAUCAGCAAAAUCCUAUCCUGCUUCUGAUCUGUUGGUCAAUAAUUCUGACAAUGGUAAAACUAAGGCUAUAGAAUCUAAGUGUGAUACCAGGGUGAAUUCCAAUCUUGGGAACCAUGAUUGUUUAAAUCCUAUGAAUGAUAUCCUUGAUACCAUAGAAGACAAGAAACAGGGGAGAAAAGAGAGAAGGCACAAGGAAGCCCAGGAUGUGCUUGCAGCUGCAACUACUGCUGCUGUAGCUUCUUCCAUGCUUUCAUCUUUCAGGAAAGAUAAACUUGAAGAAUCCGCUCACCAUGAGGGUGUUGAAAGUUCGUGCACACGCUGUGAGAGGGUAUGGUUUAUCCUACCCGUCAUCUUCAGCGGAAAAGGGAUCACAGUUAUGAUAAUGGCGCCUCUAAGGCUGGAAAAGGGUGCUGGGGUGUUAGAUAAGCUAGUAAUAGAGAAAACAACUCCUGGAAGAGAGUCUGAGUUUGACUUGAGGAAAUCAAGGAAAAUGGCACCACCAUAUCGAGUGACGCUACACAAUGACAACUACAACAAGUGGGAAUAUGUUGUGCAAGUGUUGAUGAAGUUAACUAGAAUUGGUCGAGAUGCAGUUUUAUAUGUUGAGUCACUCAUUGAGUCAAUCAUGGGAGGAUUGGAAGGGCUAAUCAACAUUCUUGAUUCUGAAGGAGGUUUUGGCUCUUUGGAGACACAUAGAUCUUGGGAGCCAAGUGAUAAAGCUGAUCUUCACUUUGUCUACAAAGAUGUUGAAGGAGUAUCAACUCAAUGGGAUGAUAUUCAAAGAAAACUCAGGAACUUACCUCCUAAACCCUCUGCCUUCAAUCCCGAUCCCUUCACUCCUGCAGAAGACGAAGAUUCCAAACCUAAAACCAAAUCUCGGAUUGAUAACAAGACAGAAGAACUCAAAGAUUUAGAAGAUGAUCUUGAUGAUAGUUGUUUCCUCGAAGAAUACAAGUACCUUCAACUCCCUUAA